AUGAGCAUACAACUCGCCGAUAGAUCCAUUAAAUACCCACAAGGUGUCGCCGAAAAUCUAUUGGUAAAAGUUGGAGACUUUGUCUUCCCGGCCAAUUUUGUCAUACUAGAUAUGGAGGAAGAUACCGAAGUACCACUCAUCUUAGGAAGACCAUUCCUGGCCACGGCCCACGCAAUGGUAGACAUGAAUGGAGGGACACUAACAUUGAGGGUUGGGGACAAGGAGAUGAAGUUUGGGGUUGGGAAAAGAGUAGAAGAUGACGACCCGAUCACCUACAUGAAAGAAAUGUCUUGUGUUGUGGUUGCGACAAUUAAGAUUGUGCAAGAAGAGUAUGGUUGGUUUUAUCCUGCCUGUCGUAAGUGUUUCAAGAAGGUGAUGGGUAAAAGUGAAUACUUGCAGAAUGUUGAAAAUGUUUCGGAUGAUAUUGUUCAAUUGCCUGCGACUUCUUUGGUUUGUCCCAAAUGUCGUAGUGAAUGUACAUCCAUCUCCACAAAGUUCAAGGUGCAAGUCCGGGUGCAGGAUGAGAGUGGUAGUGUUUCUUUUGUUAUGUUUGAUAGAGAUGUUCAGAAGCUUCUUGGAUUAGCGGCGAGUGACAUAAGAGAGAGGCAGGUGAAGGCCAAUGAUACUGGAUGUUUCCCUCAUGAGAUAUUUCGAUUGGUUGAUAAGAAGGUUGCUUUUAAGAUUGAUGUUUCAGAGUUUAAUCUUAAAAAUGACUAUCGUGUUUAUACCGUGCAAAAAACAUGUGAUGAUCCAGUAAUAAUUGCUGAGUUGGCUGGUGGAGAUGGUAAUGGUGAUGAAAAUACUGAUGAGGUUACUCAAGAGGUAGCUGAAGUUAAAGAUGUUAACCUUUCAGAAUCUUCCCAGGUGUCUGCUGAACGAACUUCAAGAGAUGUUGUCUCUGUUACGGCUGACUCUUCAGCCGUUGAAGUUGAAAAUGAUUCUAGAUCAACUCCCAAUGGAAAUCGGAUAGCUCAAGAUGCUGAUGUUGUCAACGUUGGUGAGCUAUCCACUAAUGUGAGAAGAACCCGGAAGAAGUUGUCUAAGGUUAACAAUUAG